AUGUAGAAGUAGAGGGGAUAUAAACGUCACACGUCCCUGUUUGCGUCCCUACCUCGGGCAAUCCUAGAGUAACCAGUGCGAGUAUCCCUGGAUAAGGAUGUGUUACAAGUAUAGGCAACUAGACUAAAUCAAUUUUCAGUAAAAAUCAAAUUGCAAAUCGCUAUUAUAAAUACAAUAUGUUUGCUAAUAAGUGUCAGAUCGUUUUAAGCAGUCGAACAUUACCACGGAAAUUCUUCAAGGCACACACAGUAUCCUGGAAAAGAUGUUUAACCAGCACUUCAUUUUUGGAAGAACCAAAAAAGCCAAUAGUUUUGACAGAAGUUCCUGGACCGCAAUCACGUAGUUUAUUUCAAGAACUCAAUUCAAUGCAAGCCUCUUCCGUACAAUUCUUCGCAGACUAUGAGAAAUCAGCAGGUAACUAUAUAGUGGAUGUUGAUGGAAAUGUUCUGCUCGAUGUUUACAUGCAAAUUUCAUCAAUGCCUUUGGGUUACAAUCAUCCAGCUAUGUUGAAAGUUCUCACAGAUUCAGUUAAUCAGAGAAUUAUAGCAAACAGGCCAGCAUUGGGAGUCUUUCCUGGAAAGGACUGGCCGAACAGACUGAAAAGUGUUUUGCUACAUAAAGAGGUAGCACCUACAGGAAUGUCCCACAUCACAACUAUGAUGUGUGGCUCUUGUUCCAAUGAAAAUGCAUUUAAAAACAUUUUCAUUUGGUAUGCUGAGAAACAAAGAAAAGAUGCUCCAUUUACAGAAGAGGAAAUGAAAACCUGUAUUAUGAAUCAAGUUCCUGGCGCUCCAAAAUUUUCAAUACUAUCAUUCAAAGGUGCGUUUCAUGGAAGAACAUUAGGAUCUCUUUCAACGACGCAUAGUAAAUAUAUUCACAAAAUAGAUAUUCCAGCAUUUGAUUGGCCCAUUGCUUCAUUUCCUGAAUAUAAAUAUCCCCUAAAUGAACACGUACAAGAGAAUCAGAAAGAAGAUAAACGAUGUCUAGCUGAGAUUGAAGAAUUAUUUGAGAAGUAUAAAACUGAGAAGAAAAUUCCAGUGGCUGGUGUAAUAAUUGAACCAAUUCAAGCAGAAGGAGGUGAUAAUCAUGCGUCUCCAGAAUUUUUCCAACAGUUACAACAAAUAACGAAAAAGAAUGGCGCAGCAUUAUUGCUUGAUGAAGUGCAAACAGGUGGAGGUGCAACUGGAAAAAUGUGGUGUCAUCAACAUUUUAAUUUAAAAUCUCCUCCGGAUAUAGUUACAUUUAGCAAAAAAAUGCAGUUGGGAGGAUAUUAUCACCUUGAAGCUCUAAAACCUAAGCAGUCAUACCGUGUGUUCAAUACCUGGAUGGGAGAUCCUAGUAAAAUAAUAUUACUUGAAGCAGUUUUGGAGACAAUAAGAAAAGAAAAUUUGUUGGAUAGAGUUACCGUUGUUGGUGAUUACAUGCUGAAACAAUUAAUGAAUCUGCAAAAUGAGUUUUCUAGUUUGGUUGACUCUGUUCGAGGACGUGGAACAUUUAUUGCGUUUAAUUGCGCUUCACCUGAACUCAGAGAUACAGUAGUAAAGAAAUUAUUGGCUAAAGGUAUCCAAGCAGGUGGCUGCGGAAACAGGUCAAUAAGAUUAAGGCCUGCCUUAAUAUUCACGCAAAAUCAUGCGGAUAUAUUUUUGGAUACUCUUCGAUCCAUUUUAAAAACAUAAUAAUUUUUAAAAAAUUACAUCUUAAAGUACAUUCCACGUGGCUUCCAAAAUUAGAUCUUCUAAAAAAAGUGAUUAUAUUGUUUUAAUAUACUUAUGUACUUGUUAGUAAUAUAUAAAAU